AUGAGGGAAAGCAUAUAUAAUUUAAUACCCUUAGAACAGCCACCUAAAGCUUCCUUACCAAGAUAUAAAUCAUGUAGCCAGAGAGAAGUGAUAUCCUUAUUUAACAUUAAAAAGUUUCCUUGUAAAACUAUGGGAGUCCCAAAAGUUAAUCCACCAAAUCCGCAAUGCUAUCUUAAGAUGAGACACUCAGCACCUGAAUUAUUUCGCAAAAACGACGAGCCAUUGAAGGGCAGCUAUUAUAAAUGUAAUCUUUCAGCUAAAAGAGAACCCCUGCCGUCUCUUAAAUCUAAAGCAAUGAACGUCAUUUCAUGCAAAGAUUUUAUCAAAAAGAAUAUAAGGAUGAUAGAAGCGUCAGUGCCUUCAAAACCCAAACCGUUUGUGGUAGAUACGAGGACAGGCCAUAAGUUUGAUAUCAAGUGUUCUGGUCUUGAGCCUUUUUAUAUUAAGCGUAAGGAUUUUGGUGAAUUGCCGAAAUAUCUCUCUGAGCGUGAGAAAGCCGCUUCUGAAGCCCAAAAGAACUAUGAAGAAUACAUUAAACAACUUAAGGAGAAAAAUGCUCUGAUGGUUAUCACAAAAGAUGAGAAAAAGUCUUUAAUUGAUCAACUAAAAGACAAGUGGCAGCAAAGAUAUAGACAGUAUCAAUCUUUAUCUGUUAUGAUUGACACUCCCCCAAAAAUGCACCACAAAUUAUGGCUUGAAAAAGAAAUGGAAGACAUAGAAAAAGACAUAAACCUCUUGGAAGGAUACGAUUAUAUUUACGUUACCAAAUAA